AAAUGACUGGGAAUUUCAACUCAAGGUCAGCCUUCUGAUCACCUGUUCGUGUUUAUGGAUGUAGUCCGUCCUAGUCCACACAGAAUCACAAGAAAAAGUUUACUUCAAGUGGCUGAAUUAGUAAUAAAGUCGCAAAUCGAGUCUUCCGUCCAUCGAAUACCAGAUGAAAGUUUCCCGGAUGUUCAGAAUUUUCUUGCAGUUUUAGAAAAUUUAUUCUACCAUGGUUUAAAAUCUUACAAUUUUCUGGUUGGGAAGAAAGUCUCAAAGCACCCUUGGUGUCUCAUACUUCAAUUAUCUAAUUUACCCAGUUUUUCACAUACGUCUUCAGUGAAACUUCUUGAUCAUCUCAAGAGUGAUUUUUCAAAGCUUCGAGCUUGGAUCAAACUGUCUAUUGUUAGGUGUUGUCUGCACUCUGCAAUGCUAGAUUUAGUUCAACUGAAGCCCAAUUUGACGAAAUAUUAUUCCCGGGAUGCUAUCUUCCGUUCGGAAGAAAUAUUUAAUCUAAUUGCUUCUCUCGUAGGAUUGGAAAAUGUACAGUUUAAUUUGGACUUUAAAACUGAACUCGUGGAAUAUUCCUAUUGUGUUCCUCCAAUUGAUUUCUCGCCUUUUCUUUUGUUCAAGCAGAGUUUAGAAACAAAACUUAGUGCAAUUUGUGAGUGUCGAAACGAGAAUACUGAGGAUAGAAAAUCGAGAUGUAUGUGGCGCUAUGGAUUUGAGAAAUUAAAACAAAAUCAAGUUUAUUCCUUAGAACAACUGCAUUAUCAUGAAGAAUUGAUUCAAAAACAGUUUACCCAGUUAAAUAAAUAUAAAGAACAAUUAAACUGUUAUAAAGAGACGACUGCGAGUCUGGAAAGUUACAUUUUGGAAUUACAAGUUAAGUUGACACUUAUUCAUGAACAAUAUGACCAAGAGUUAAAACGUUUAGGUGUUAAUCAGUCAAGAUUAACGGCUCCAACAUUUCGUAAUAUUCCAAAUCGAUUUCAACAAAUACAUGAUAUCAAUGAAAAACCUUCAAAAAUCUCAUCAUUUCUAAAUUCGUCAAUAAAGCUCAUUCAUAAUGAAACUUGCGCUGGUGCUAGUACCAGCUAUCAAAUGCCAUCAAUCUUAUCAGUAGAUCAAGGUAUUGAUGCAUUAAGCUUGGAAGAUUCUUCAAAUCCUGAAAUAGAUAGCAAUAAUAAUCACUCAACAUCAUCACUUGUCGAACAUAUUCCCAGUGAAUCGAAAAGAUAUCGUUCAGUUAAAUUUACCGAAUCUAAUUCACAUAUGAAAAAAAUCGAUCAAGAUUCAUGUGUUUUGCCUAUGGAUGUAUCAAAUAGAAAGUCGAAUUCGAAACGUCUUCCUUUACCCAUAAGAGCACGUUCUAAUUCUCCAACUAAUACUACUACUAAUAGUAGUAGUUAUCCUAGUUCAAUAAGUGAAUCAUCUCAGCAAAAAUAUAAUAAAUCAAAGAGUCCAUUAAAAUCAAAAACUUCUGAUCAAACUUUUCAUCAAAAAUCAAAAAUGCUUGUUAGUGUUCAAGAAAUACCAUCUGAACGUUUCAUCCUGCCGGAUAAUUCAUAUUCUACUGUAUCUUUUUCUAAUAAUAGUUCACCAAAAACUCUCGAGAGUAUGACAGUUGUUGUAAAACCAAGAAGUCAUAGCUUAUUCUCUUGUUAUGUCCCGAAGAUAUCUACGAAUGAGGUGGAAGGCAUUAUUCGACAUGUCGAUAGCCUUAUGAAUCCACAAACAACCAUGAAAAAUGAUACAGUUAAUACAAUCACAACAACACCAACAACGGAUACAACGAUAAAAUCAUUGAACACUGUUGAUAGUAAAGAUGAUAUUGUUAUUGAUGAUCAUCUACUUGGGUGCAAAAAUCAAUGUUCAAAUCUUGUUCUAUUUGAGGCAGGCUUAAUUGAUUCAAUAACUAGUAGUGAAAUUAUGGAAACUUCAUCUGAAUAUAAUCCAAGUGAUCGAUUACAUUCUUCAUCUACACGAGAAUAUUAUCACUUAACAUCAGAAGAAGAUUUAGGAAAUAGUGAUGAGGAAGAUGUGGAUGAUGAUGACGAGAAAAAUAAUGAUAGUGACAAUAAAACAUCUGGACUACGACAACAAAAACAACAAGAACAUGAAACAACCAUUUGAACAAAAUAGUGUCAGUCCACCAUGAGUAGAGACAAUAUACAAGCCUAUUACUACUAAUCCAACCACUAUUAAUAGUAGUAGGAACAGUAGUAGUUGUUGUUCUGUGACUGAUACAAAAGAAGAAAUUAAUAAUAAUAUUUCACUUUUAUUUUUAUACUCAACUUUCUCUAUAUCCUGGUGAUAAACAAUCAAACAACUAUUGAGCUCUGGUUUUAUUCUUUCUACACUCAUCCUAAUUCAAAUGAUUCAUUGUGUUUAAUCUUUAUAUUUGAAUUUAUAAAUUGUGUCUACAAAUUGUCUUCUAUGUACAUAAUUUUAAUUCAUGUGAAAAUUCUGAUAAUUUGUUUUAUUGAAACGUUUCAGUUUCUCUUUAUUUCUUUCAUAGAAUCCUCCAUUUUUUAAAAUGUUUAGUGAUUUAUUUAUUUAUUUAUUUAUCCAUGAGAAAAACAGUACAGAUUUUAUGUUUGUUCCUUUUUUUUAUCAACUAAACCAAAAACAAAACUGGUUUUAAUAUUCGUUACUUUUCAAGAUGUUAUAGGUUGUUUGUUUUUACAAGAAAGAAGAAAAAAGAAGCAAAUUCAAAUCGUUCAAUGUCAUUCUAUAUGUAAUUAUCAUUAGUACUGCUUAUCUUUAUCUUAUUGAGUUGUUCUUUUCAAUACUAAAUUGUUUGAAUACAGUAGGGAAAUUUUCUGUACAAAUUUUAAAGUAUCAGAACGUGUUUCUGCGCUACACUUUAAAUGGCAAACUACCUCGAUAACAAAGUCGUAUUCAAAGAAUGUUUCC